CUCCAGGGACACAACAGUGAGUGCUGGUGUGAGAGCAAGACUGGUGGCUGCCCAUGACCCAUGACAGCACUUUUUAUUAAAUAAAGGAACUAAAAGUGAGCACUGGAAUCAGGGAGGUUACAAGAACGUUUUUGGGGCUAUUUCGAAGCUUCUUGUGCAACAGAGUUCCCGUUUUGCACUUGAGAGAGCCGAGGAAAGGCCAAGGAGUUCACUAACAAGAUGGGAGAUGAGAAACAAGACGGCAAAGUGCUUCUCGUUGAAGAAACAAAGGUGAAAGUGCUUUAUGAAACUGAGACAUCUCUCCAGCUGGAUACCAAAGCUGAGUACCCAAAUGCAGGGUCAAACUCCAUCUACUCAGCAAUUCUCAGCAGGAAUGAAGCCGUCAAAGAUGCCAAGCGUCUUAAGACCUUUCUGGAGCUGCGAGACAAAUAUGUGGAGAAGAAUGUUAUGUUUGAAGACCCUCUGUUCCCUGCAGAUGACUCCUCACUUUUCUACAGUAGGAAACCUUCAAUGAAGAUUGAAUGGAAACGUCCGUCGGAAAUUUGUGAAAACCCCCAGUUCAUCAUAGAUGGAGCCAACAGAACAGACAUCUGUCAGGGAGAAUUAGGUGACUGCUGGCUGCUGGCUGCCAUCGCCUGUCUCACGCUGAACGAGAAGCUGCUGUACAGAGUUAUUCCCCCGGACCAGAGCUUCACCGAAAACUACGCCGGCAUCUUCCACUUCCAGUUCUGGCGUUAUGGCGAGUGGAUUGAUGUCGUCGUGGACGACCGCAUUCCCACCUGCAACAACCAGCUGGUUUUCACAAAGUCUUUCAGAAAGAACGAGUUCUGGAGCGCUCUUUUGGAAAAAGCUUAUGCCAAGUUGCACGGGUCUUAUGAGGCACUGAAAGGAGGGAACACUUUGGAAGCCAUGGAGGAUUUCACAGGUGGAGUUACCGAGUACUUUGAAUUGUCUGAUGAUCCCACAGAGCUCUACAAGAUCAUGAAGAAUGCACUGGAGAGAGGCUCACUGAUGGGCUGCUCCAUAGAUGUUUCUUCAGAGAGUGAAUUGGAGAGUCGGACUGAGCAGGGGCUGGUCAGGGGUCAUGCCUAUUCCAUCAUAAGCCUGGAGGAGUGUGAUGAGGUUUCAAAGGACACAAGAAUUCGCCUGAUUCGUUUGCGCAAUCCCUGGGGUUUUGUGCUCUGGAAAGGACCCUGGAGUGCAAAUUCAAAGGAGUGGUCGACAAUUUCCGCUGCAGACAGAGAAAACCUGAAAAAACAGACCAUAGAGGCAAGUGAGUUCUGGAUGUCCUUUGCUGAUUUCAAGAAGAAUUUCAGCAAGCUGGAGAUGUGCAACCUGACCCCCGACACGCUGCAGGGGGAUGAAAGAAACACCUGGACAGUGUCGGUCCACGAGGGUCGCUGGGUGAGAGGAAGCUCUGCUGGUGGCUGUAGGAACUUCCCAGACACGUUUUGGACAAACCCUCAGUAUCGUCUGCAGCUGUAUGAGGAGGACGAUGACCCGGAUGACGAGCAGGUGGCCUGCACUGUUGUCGUGGCACUGAUGCAGAAAGGUCGAAGGAUGCAGCGCCAUCAAGGGGCCAAAUUUCUCACCAUAGGCUUUUCCAUCUACGAGGUGCCGAAGGAGAUGUGUGGGCAGAAUCAACAUCUGCAGAAGGACUUCUUCCUCUACACAGCCUCCAAGGCAAAAUGCAAGAGUUACAUUAACCUGCGGGAGGUAACGGAGCGUUUCUGUCUGCCUCCCGGUGAGUACGUCAUCAUCCCCACAAUCUUUAAACCCCACGAAGAAGGAGAGUUCAUCCUCAGGGUCUUCUCUGAGAAGCAGAGCACAUCAGAGGAGGCAGAGACUACGAUUGGAUCAGAUCAAACGCAGCAAGAAAAGAAACAGAAAGAAAAGCCUAUUGUAUUUGUGUCAGAUAGAGCACUGGCCAGCAAAGAAAUCGAGCACGACACGAUUCGGGGGGAGAAGAAGAAGAAACCAAAGCAGAAACUUCUCCAACCUGAGGAAACCGAUGAGGAAAAGCAGUUCAGGGCUAUUUACCAACAGAUUGCUGGUGAUGAUAUGCAGAUCUGUGCCAAUGAACUCAAAACGAUCUUAAAAAACGUGCUUUCCAAACAUAAUAACAUAAAGUCAGAAGGUUUCAGCCUCGAGACGUGUCGGAGUAUGAUCGCCUUAAUGGACACUGAUGGGACAGGAAAGCUGAAUCUGCAGGAGUUCAAACACUUGUGGAAAAAGAUCAAGGACUGGCAGCUCAUCUUCAAACGUUACGACAAAGAUAAAACCUGGUCUAUCAGUAGUUUCGAGAUGAGGAAUGCUGUUAAUGAUGCAGGGUUUCAACUCAACAAACAACUGUAUGACAUCAUAGCAAUGCGCUAUGCAGAUGAACGCCUGAACAUUGAUUUUGAUAGUUACAUCUGCUGCUUUGUGAGGCUAGAAGGCAUGUUCAGAGCAUUCAGUGCCUUUGACAAAGAUGGAGAUGGAAUAAUCAAGCUCAACGUCCUGGAGUGGCUUCAGCUGACGAUGUACUCAUAGAUCAUGUCCAUGUCAGUUGGCGACUCAUCACGUGAGAUUGGAAUAAACUUCACCACGACAUAACUCGUCAUUGCUCCAAUUUCCUCUAGAUUCAGAUUUAAUGGUCAGGUUUAUUCCUGUAAUCUUUUAAAUAUUAAAACAGAUAAGAAGUAGGUUUUCUGAGCUCUGAUAACCAGGUUACACCAGAAGUUAAUGUGAAAUGUAAACAGACACGCACAGAUGCAGAAUUUCCCUUUGUUGUUAAGUCGUAAAGAAUAUGUGGCUAUCAAUGCUUUUAUUUUAAAGUGGAAGCAAACACUGUGAUUAUUUGUUGUAAUUUUAUUGAUGUACACAUACAGUAGGUAUUAAACAAAAUAAAAUACAUACUGUACUAAAA